AACAAACACUGUGUUUAACAGGGUUGGAGCCUCCCCUCCACACGGCCCAGCCCAUCUGGAGCGUGUCCUUUGUCCUCUCACACUGUUAGACGCCAUCUGCUCCACGUUACUAACGCCAGUAUGGUUGCCUAGUGACGUCAGCGUCCCAGCAAAAGAGUCCCCCUUUUUUUUCUUUUUUUUAAACUCUGCAGGAAAAAAAAAAAAAAAAAAAAAAAAACAAUCAGCCGGGAUGCUUUUCACGCUCAAACGCUGCUCACACUUUAUCUUUCACAGGUGACUUCAUCGCAUGUGGAGGGCAGUGCUUCUCCCGGACGAUGAUGUUGAGGAGGCCCGAGGAUGGAAAACGUGGAGUCCUGAGUCUGACUGCAGCAGGAUGUCAUCAGCUGGCAUUCAGUUCAUGACCAGUCGGGUCAGGCAGCAGCGGCAGCAGCAGCUCAUGCUAAUGAACUUGCAUCUGCUCGCCAACCCUGGAGACUCCCUGCUGCUGCAGCACACCCUGGAUCGCCUCCUACGCUGGCUCUGCCCCAGUCUCCGUAUCUUCCAUGUGUCAGAGAGGGCCUCCCCGUUCAGAAGUUACACCCCCCUCUGUUCUGUGGCAGGCUACCCUUCUGUGGCCAUCACCUUCUUCCUCCAUGAGGCCUAUGGAGAGGAGCGAAUCCUCAAAGUGCUGGACUUCUUUCAACAUCCUCCCUGGCAGUACCACCACACUGAGACCUGCGGCAGCCGAACUGGAGGGGUCUACAUUACCUCCGGCAGCUCCCCCGCCAAUGCCAUGUUGCGGCCCUACCUCCUGCCCAGCAGAGAUUUCUAUAGUUUGGGAGCAGACAUGCCUGUGUGGGGGGUUCGACCAGUCCACUGUGGAGGAGAAAUACUACGUGUGACACUGUACAGUGGAUAUGACAACUACGAGGAUGCUGUGCGGCUCUAUGAGACAGUGCUGCAGCGACAGGCAGAGGAGCAAAAGACGGGCUUCUGCUGGUUCACUCUGCACACAGAGCCUGGGCUGUGCCUGCAGCUGGCUUUAAAACAGUUGUCACCAGGGGCUCGGGUGGAGCCAUGCACCUCUGCUGUGCUGCAGUUUAGUGUGGAAGAAAUUGGCCAACUAGUUCCUCUGUUGCCCAACCCCUGUACCCCCAUAAGCACCUCACGCUGGCAGACAGAAGACCUGGAUGGCAACAAGAUUCUCUUCCAGGUGCAAACCCCGGCUCAACCUUCACGACCUCUGACCUGUGCUUUCCCCCUGACCUGCCCCAGCAUUUCCCCCCGCGGGAUACAGCUCAGGAGCUCGGGACAGAGCCACAGCCUGUCGCCCUGCAGCCUCACCACUCCCCUGCCCUGGCAAACACACAGGCAAGGCCACAGACCGCGCAGUGACCCUGUCCUUGAGAAGCUUCAUGGAGGAGGUGGUGGAGCAGAGAGCCAGGGAUCAGGAAGCUGCUGUAGCACCCCUCCAGGUAGCUCCUGUUACUCAUCACAGCGAAGCAGCCCUGCACCGCCCUCAACUACCAACCACCCUGACUCUCCUCUGCGCACCUCCGUCACUCGUUCUUUCUCCCAUCUCCUUCUGGAAGAAGAGGAGGAGGAGGAGGAGCCAGAAACCAACGUAGACACAGGAGUCCCUGUCCCACUGCUCUCUGACACGGAAGUCAAAAUAUUUGCUCGUUCUUCCUCCAUGGACCUUUUGAUGAAAGUCAAUUCUGAGAGACCUGCUGCCGUAGGGUCUUCAGCGUUUGAGGGUCUGGCCAAGGAGCUGAUUGAUUGUCUGCCACGGACACACAUACACCCUCAGGUCGCCUCCAGGACAUGGGGCUCCGCUGGAUGUACAGAUGCAGCCAGGAAGCGCUGUGACAGCAGGACUGUGGCAGCAGGACAAAGUCCCUCCAAAGGGCCAUUUGUGGAGAACAGGACUACUGCUGAGCUGCUGUCAGCACAAACAGACAACAGGGAGCCAGUAGAUGAGUUCUUCAUCUAAAUUCCUAUAUGAUGAUAUGUCAUGAUGAACCUGUUAAAGUGGAUCUGAAGUUAUGCAGGAGGACGCAGCUGAGUAGUCUGACUAAAGAGAAGUCCUCUGGAAUACAGAAGAACCCAAAGCUCAGCUGCAGGUGACACUUUCCACUCAGAAAUGACUUAAAAUGGUUUGACAAUAUACAGUGCAGUUGUUUAAACAAGAGAGCUACCAAGAGAGUAUUAUUUUAAAACAGUGCAGCUAAUAAUAUUCUUCAAUUUCAAAUUACUUUUAUAUUUAGAUCCAACUAAUUAUUUGUGCAGCUAUUGUGCUAAAAUGUAGCCCUGUGAAUAGCACAACAUGAAGGAAAAGCUUAAGUAUGUAUUAAGUGUUACUGUCAGGGAACUAAUGCCAGUUUGGUUUCUGUCACAUUACUCAACUAGGCAAGCUUAUGGUUUAUUGUUCAAUUGCCUUUGAAACAGAUGAAGGCGCUCUUUGAUGUCGCUGAAAUCUGAUGCAGCACUGUCAGUCUGUCAUAGGCUCGACAUAGUGAAAGUAUAGCCUAGUGGCUUUUAUUUUAAUUUGUUUAAAUACACUUCAAAUUAUUUUUACUCUUUAUUUGUGUGUUAAAAUGUACUAGAAUUAGGCCAAAUUACUGUAUUGAAGAGGAUUACAUUUUC